AAUCAAAUUUAGAUAAUAAUUUAUGUGAAUUUUUCAUAAAAAUUUGAUAUUUUUCAGGCAAGCUUAUGGUCUAGUUGAGGAAUUGAGUGGUAAACGGGUUUAAAAGUACUUCAUAUCUCCCAAAACACAGCAUUAAUGUAUAGAUGGAAAGUAAAUGAAAAAAAUGAUAUAUUAUUUGUAUCAUUAAAAAUUUAUAUAUUUUUUGUAAUCACUCUUUUAAUCUCUGGAGUCAUUUUUACCCCCAAGGGACUAACGUAUACAGGAAACAGGGUCUUAUGAGGGUUAAAGAGACCAAGAAACAAUUAUAUAUGAUCACUGUAACAUUGCAAAAACAACUAAUCUAAUUCUGGCAUGGUGGCCUAAGACUUUUGCACAGUACUGUAUCUUAUUACUAGACGAUUGAUUGAUUAAUUAAUUAUUGAUAAUUAAAAUGCGAAUUAUCAUGAAAUGUUAUACACUAGUCAGUAUUUAACUCAUUAUUGUGCUUCUGUUUGUGUACACUAGGUGGCAUAAGUUGUUCGUUUUGUUUCCAAUGAGAGUGUUGGCACAGAAAUGAAUUUGCAAAGUUUGUAUGACAGACAGUAUGUCACAAUCUGACAAAUCAACGGCUGUAAUUUUUAUUUAUAAACGGGAGAAAAUUAUAGGCCUUGACAUUAAUCCUAUAAUUACAGCUAUAUUACAUAAAAACACAGAAGAAAGCCUUAUUAGCAUUUAAAAGGUAUGUGUGUUUUUCAAGUUAUAGUGGCUUUAUUAUAUUUAUUUGGUUUUCUUUCUUUGAACAGAAUGUAUUGACUGAUUUUCGAGCGUAAUUUAAUAUGUGUCCACUAAUUUUUCAAUAAUUAAUUUGUUACAAUGCUAUAAUGAAGUUGUUAGAUAUAGCCUACCCCCAAAAAAUAAUUUAAAAAAAUUCUGAACAAUUGCUAUUUUCCAUCAAAAAUCUUUCUAAACGUUUUAAAUCAAAACGUAGAUCAGAUCAUAUUUUCAGCAUUAUUAUUACAACUUUUUUGUAGCAAAUGAAAGCAAUUAAUUAAACUGUAGAUUAUUCACAACUACAAGUAGCCUAACUUUGCAAGAAACAUAGGAUCGUAUUAUGUACUGUAUAUUGCUGUGGAUGUGGUUAAAACGCCUUUUAAAUGCCAAAUCCGCACAUUAAAGAAAAACUGAAGCAAGCGAAAGCGCACGUGCGGUAUAGGGUUGCUUUACGCAGACAUACACACCGCACGGUGCACGCUCAAAAGCAAAUACACUCCCUCCUGCAGGGCACAUGGGAAAAUGCUGAGACAUUCAAUAAGUCAUCAUCGUGCAAAGGGUCCCGAUGGUCUUUUCUUGACCAUAAGGACCAAAUGGAUGCGCGGACUUUUUAUAUCCAUUCUCUUAAAUUGCUUUAGACAAACAUUGGCGCAUCCUCAGUGUUUGGACUUCCAGCCACCUUUCAAACCCCUUUACCACCUUGAGUUUUGUAGGCAUUAUGAGAAUUUUGGUUGUUGUGAUCAAAAAGCGGACAAUCGUAUUGCGAUGAGAUACUGGGAUAUAAUGGACCUGAUUGGUGAUGAGGCAUAUGAGGUGUGCGGUGAUUUGGUAAAAGAUAUCAUGUGCCAGGAGUGUUCCCCUUAUGCUGCUCACUUGUUUGAUGCUGAGGAUCCUUACACUCCAGUGCGUCACAUACCAGGACUGUGCCCUACCUACUGUUCAGAAUUCCACAGUAAGUGUGACUUUGUGGUCAAGUACUUAACCAACAGUCGAACCCUACUGGAGACGUGCGAGAAAGAUGGCUCACAUUUCUGUACCAUCAUCAAUCUCCCCGAUCAGGACUACUGCUACCCCAAUGUCCUGAAAAACAACGAACUGUACAGCAAUCUAGGCAAUGUGGAGGACCUUAAGGGAUGCCUGCAACUGUGCUUGAUGGAGGUGGCCAAUGGGCUGAGGAACCCUGUUCUUAUGCUCCACAGCGGUGAUGACACUCACCGUAUGUUUGUGGCUGAGCAGGUAGGCUUUGUGUGGGUUUAUCUGAGAGAUGGAAGUCGAGUUGAGAAACCCUUCUUGGAUAUCAGUGGAGAGGUGCUGACCACGCCGUGGCUGGGUGAUGAACGAGGUUUUCUUGGCCUAGCCUUCCAUCCAAAGUACAGAGACAAUGGACGCUUCUUCAUCUACUACUCCAUUCUGGUCAACGGCAUACUUGAGAAAGUUCGCAUCAGCGAGAUGAAGGUCUCAGCUUAUGACAUGAACAUGGCAGACCCCUACUCAGAGAGAGUUCUUCUUGAGAUAGAGGAGCCUGCAGCAAAUCAUAACGGUGGACAGCUUUUGUUUGGCUUAGAUGGGUACCUGUACAUAUUCACAGGGGAUGGCGGAAAAUCAGGGGACCCUUUUGGAAAGUUUGGAAAUUCCCAAAACAGGUAUGCAUGGUUCUCAAAGUGCUCAAGUUUUUCCACCUUAUUCCCAGACCCUUUUAUUAAAGCUUUACCGACCUUGCAAAUAUGUUUCAGAUCAGCCUUGUUGGGAAAAGUGCUUCGCAUUGAUGUGGAUGUUAGCAGUAAAGAUGAGAAGCCAUAUAAGAUCCCUCCAGACAACCCCUUUAUCAUGGAACCUGAUGCCAAGCCUGAGGUCUAUGCUUAUGGUGUGAGGAACAUGUGGCGGUGCUCAGUGGAUCGAGGGGAUCCAGUGACCCAGUAUGGCAGGGGGAGAAUAUUCUGUGGCGAUGUGGGCCAGAAUCGAUAUGAGGAGAUUGACAUCAUUGUGAAGGGAGGAAACUAUGGAUGGAGGGCAAAAGAAGGCUUUGAAUGUUUUGAUGCAAAAUUGUGCCAGAACUCCUCUCUAGAUGACGUUCUCCCAAUAUUUGCUUAUGGACAUCAUGUUGGAAAAUCAGUAACUGGAGGUUAUGUGUACAGAGGAUGCGAGUCACCUAAUCUCAAUGGUCUUUACAUUUUUGGAGAUUUUAUGAGUGGACGAUUAAUGGCUCUAGAAGAGGAAAAGGAAGCUGGGAGUUGGAAGGAAAAGAAUGUCUGUAUGGGUGACACUAAAACCUGCUCUUUUCCUGGCCUUAUAAAUCACCACCAUAAGUUUAUCAUCUCGUUUGCUGAAGAUGAAUCAGGAGAGCUUUAUUUUCUGGCAACCUCCUACCCAAGUUCAACGUCUCCCUUUGGCACUGUCUAUAAGUUUGUGGAUCCAUCCAGGAGAGCACCUCCAGGAAAAUGCAAAUAUAAGCCACUUCCUGUGAAGGUCAGGGGAAAGAAAGUGCCAUUUACACCCAGAGAAUUAACUGUACUUGGCAUAAAUGAAACUCCUACGAGACCACCACUGGAAAACAUUACAUUCACCACUAAACCACCAAGCACACGCCAGUCUACAAGAACCAAACCCACCACAUCUGGACCAGAGAUAAAACACUUGGGUCAAACCACUACAGCAAAAUUACACGAAAAGUCAAAGACGACAACUCUGCCAAAAGAGAAGCAAAACAAUGCACGCAGCACACCUGUAAAGAAAGUUGCUCCUCACAGUAGAAAGAAGACCAAGAAGGAAAGAAAAGACAAACUAUCCCGCAAAACAUCUGUAAAAGGAUCUCAGACAAGACAGAAAACGACACCACUCAAACCAACAAAACCAAAAAAGGAGAUAAAACCAACCAUUUGGUUACAAAAGGCUGGAAAAGAAAUAAAGAAACCAAAGAGCAAACCUAAGGUGAACAACAAACCUAAGAUAACGGUUUCUAGAAAGAAUCAAGACAAAAAGACAACAAAGAACUCGCAUACAAAAAAGAAAAAACUGCCUGAAUAAUCCUUAUGUCUGAUGUAUUAUAAGAUGGUAAAUAUAGUGAAGCUUUGAAAAUUUAAACAUAUCCGUUUUCAAAAAAUGUAUCGAAGAAAUUACAGGUCUGAGGUCAGACAGAUGUGCGAGGUGUCAGACCAAACAGAAAAUAGAAACAAUCUUGUGCCACUUUUCAAUUUUAUUUAGCAUACGGAACAGCAUUCUUUAAAUGUUCAUGCUAUUUUGGGGUGUGGUUAAGUAAUUAG